UUUCCCAAACUUGCUAUAUAAAUAACACUCUCCCCUCACUCCCAUUCCACCACAAAAAUUUUCUUCACUGCACACAUAUCCAUACAUACACACCAUGGCCAUCUUUUACCAUUUUGGAAAUGCUAGUGUUCUUUUUGUGUUGUUAUUAUCUGCUGUGUGUGUUUGUGGACGACCAGCCACUUUUCAUCAAGACUUUCAAGUCACGUGGGCUGAGUCCCAUAUCAGGCAAAUUGAUCAAGGCAGAGGAAUCCAACUCAGACUUGACCAAAACUCUGGAUGUGGGUUUGCUUCCAAGGCCAAGUACAUGUUUGGGCGUGUUAGCAUGAAGAUUAAACUUGUCCCCGGAGACUCUGCCGGUACCGUCACUGCAUUUUAUAUGAACUCUGACACGAACAAUGUUCGUGACGAGCUGGAUUUCGAGUUCUUGGGGAACCGUACUGGCCAACCUUACACAGUUCAAACAAACAUCUAUGCUCACGGAAAGGGUGAUAGAGAACAGAGGGUCAACCUGUGGUUUGACCCUGCUGAGGACUUCCACACUUACACAAUUAUGUGGAAUCAUCACCAUAUUGUCUUCUACGUUGAUGCGAUUCCAAUCAGAGUGUACAAGAACAACGAGGCUAAGGGAAUUCCAUACCCAAGGAUGCAAGCGAUGGGGGUGUAUUCAACGUUGUGGGAAGCAGAUGACUGGGCAACAAGGGGUGGUUUGGAGAAAAUAGAUUGGAGCAAAGCACCUUUUUUUGCUUAUUACAAGGAUUUUGACAUAGAAGGUUGUGCUGUGCCAGGGCCUGCAAACUGUGCCUCGAACCCACAAAACUGGUGGGAAGGGGCUGCAUAUCAAGCUCUUAAUGCCAUUGAAGCGAGAAGGUAUAGGUGGGUUCGCGUGAACCAUGUGAUCUAUGACUAUUGUCAAGAUAAGUCAAGGUACCCAGUGACCCCACCAGAGUGUCGUGCCGGUAUAUAGUCCCAAGAUUAUAUCAAGCUCGUCGGCAAUUUCAGUGGUUCAUAACAUUCAUGCCUCACUUCUUCUACGUACAUGUGAUGUCACUUUACUUUACACUGUUGUUCUUGUUGUGUUAUAUACAAAUUGUCCAUAUAUAUAUAUAAACUAUUCUUGUGUCCCAACUCGUACGUUGGACGAAGCCUGUGUUCGAAUCAGAAGGGGCAUGGGUUGAGUCAAAACCUUUCCUGGCCCUCUUUCUUUGUAUUUUAGUGCGGAUAUAUUGUUUGUGGUAUAAGGAAGCAUCGUGCCCAUUAUUGUGAUUUAUGGAAUAAACUUUAUUUUAUUUUUUUAUUUUUGCUGUAAUGUGUAGCACGUCUCAAUUUAUGUGGGAUAAAGUCUUCCUCUGUUUCGGGCCAAGCAAAAGGACAAGAAAAAUGCAUGGUUGGUCUUA